GGAAGGUUGAGAAACACUGCUUUCAGUUUUUCGAACCCUCUCCUGUUAAUGGUAAAAUGCCUUGAAAGCAGCCUCUCCCCAUGUCUUCCAGAGGGAGGUUUUGCUAGUUGACUUCCAAAGAGUUAAAGCAAAACAUGUGGAUUCCUAGAGAGUAAGUGAGUGGCCAAUCAGAAUCCUCCUGCAGGCCAGGCCCCUCCUCUUCUGGCCAUGUGGAACUCUUCCUGGAGGAGGAGGAGGAGUGGCUGGGAGAGCCUUGGAGAGAGUGCCUUCCUUCUUUCCUUCCAUCCUUCCUUCCUUCCUUCCUUCCUUCCUUCCUUCCUUUCUUCCUUCCUUCCUUCCUUCCUUCCUUCCCAGAGGGGGCCAUGGCUCUCCUGCUGCCCAGGUUGGAGCCUGGCUGCCAGGAGAGGCCGCAGGAGGGAAGCCAGCCCGGUGGUGCAUCUUCAGGCCCAGCAGAGCCAAGCCAGGACCCUCCGCCUGCCUUUCCUGCUGCUGCUGCUGCUGCUGGGAAUGGGGGGCAGUGGUGGGGAGGAGGAGGAGGAAGCCUUCUGGUGGGGAAGGAGGAGGGGGGGCUGCUAAGGGGAGAGCCCCCACCACCUUCAGGGGCAGAGCGCCAGAGCUUCAGGCAGUUCACCUACCAGGAGGCCUUGGGGCCCCGAGAGGCCUGCAGCCGCCUCCACUCUCUCUGCCGCCUGUGGCUGAAGCCCCAGCGACACUCCAAGGCGGAGAUGCUGGACCUGGUCAUCCUGGAGCAGUUCCUGGCCGUCCUUCCUGCCGAGAUGGAGCGCUGGGUCAGGGAAUGUGGGGCAGAGACCAGCUCCCAGGCCGUGGCCUUGGCUGAAGGCUUCCUCCUGAGUCGGGCCCAAGAGGAGAAGGAGGAGGAGACACUGGCAGCGGACUUGUGUGCAGAAGUGUCUUCCGCCUUGGAAAGGCCUCCCUCCACCUCCAGCCGGAUGCCGGAUUGUGCAGGACAAAGGGACCCUCCCAGCUCCACAAGAGGUGAAUCAGAACCAAAACAUACUGGCUUACCUUUACCUUUUGAUGUAUGCAGCCCACCAGAUCAGGUGACCUUCCAAGAUGUGGCGGUAUCUUUCAGUCAGGAGGAGUGGGCCCUGCUGGAUCCAGACCAAAGGGCCUUGCAUCGGGAGGUCAUGGAGGAAAAUAUGGAGAUGGUGUCUUCUUUAACAACUCACAGAGAAGUGGAAUCAUUUCAAUGCCAGAGCUGUGGAAAGAAGCAGGAGCUGUGUCUCUCCUGUCAGCAAGCAACGUACACUAAGGACUUCAUCACAUCAAGGCAAGGAAACGUUUGGCUGAGAAGAACUCCCCUUUUCAAUGAAACAGAUGAUUUCCCUACCUUCAUCACACUGUUUAAUGUAUCCAUGCAACUUAGUCGUACUCUGUAUUUUUAUUAUCAUACUCCAGAGCAGUGUUUCUCAACCUGGGGUCAGGACCUAUUGUUCCCUUGUGCCGUGGUCUCUAGAGCAGCAAAAAGUCACCCCCCUCCCUCAAUGGGACACCCCUUAAAUCUUGAGAAAUAUGUCCUGACAUAUGAUUGGUUUCCACACCUUUUCACCUUCAGGAGACUUACACACCUACCACUCUGGAAGCCAGAUCACGUCUCUCUUCUACUACAAAUGGAGAUAGAAAGACUGCAAAGAAGGAAUCGCUACCUGCUGCAAGUGCUGCUCUUCCUGAAAAGGAUGCUUGAGAGGCCAGGCAAGAGUUUCGACCCUGUGGCCUCCCAAUCGCCUGUUCUUUCCUGGUAUGGUACGACUCCGGAGCCCAGGAGGUGGUGGGUGAGACCGCGCACCCGCCGUCGUUGGUGGAAGGAAGAGGUUUUGUCCCUUUGGGAUGAGGAGAUGUGGGUGUCCAACUUCAGGAUGUCCAGGGAAACCCUUUUUGAGCUUUCCAACUGCCUUCGACCGCAUCUGGAGCGUCAGGUCACAACCCUGAGGCAACCCAUCAGCGUGGAGGAAAGGGUCGCAAUCGCGAUAUGGUGGCUUUCGUCACCUUUGCUCUACAGAAAGGUUGCCUCCCGUUUCGGGGUUGGAGAAUCGACUGUCGCAGUUCUCGGAAUAGAGGUCUGCCUUGCCAUAGAAAAAGCACUUCUUGGAAAAACGGUCCAGCUCGGGGACUACAAGCAGAAUCCUCCUGCAGGCCAGGCCCCUCCUCUUCUGGCCAUGUGGAACUCUUCCUGGAGGAGGAGGAGGAGUGGCUGGGAGAGCCUUGGGAGAGAGUGCCUUCCUUCCUUCCUUCCUUCCUUCCUUCCUUCCUUCCUUCCUUCCUCCUUCCUUCCUUCCUUCCUUCCUUCCUUCCUUCCUUCCCAGAGGGGGCCAUGGCUCUCCUGCUGCCCAGGUUGGAGCCUGGCUGCCAGGAGAGGCCGCAGGAGGGAAGCCAGCCCGGUGGUGCAUCUUCAGGCCCAGCAGAGCCAAGCCAGGACCCUCCGCCUGCCUUUCCUGCUGCUGCUGCUGCUGCUGCUGGGAAUGGAGGGCAGUGGUGGGGAGGAGGAGGAGGAGGAAGCCUUCUGGUGGGGAAGGAAGGAGGGGGGGCUGCCAAGGGGAGAGCCCCCACCACCUUCAGGGGCAGAGCGCCAGAGCUUCAGGCAGUUCACCUACCAGGAGGCCUUGGGGCCCCGAGAGGCCUGCAGCCGCCUCCACUCUCUCUGCCGCCUGUGGCUGAAGCCCCAGCGACACUCCAAGGCGGAGAUGCUGGACCUGGUCAUCCUGGAGCAGUUCCUGGCCAUCCUUCCUGCCGAGAUGGGGCGCUGGGUCAGGGAAUGUGGGGCAGAGACCAGCUCCCAGGCCGUGGCCUUGGCCGAAGGCUUCCUCCUGAGUCGGGCCCAAGAGGAGAAGGCGGAGGAACAACAGCUGGCGGACUUGUGUGCAGAAGUGGCCUCUGCCUUGGAAAGGCCUCCCUCCACCUCCAGCCGGAUGCCGGAUUGUGCAGGACAAAGGGACCCUCCCAGCUCCACAAGAGGUGAAUCAGAACCAACACAUACUGGGUUACCUCUUCCUUCUGAUGAACGCAGCACACCUUCUGUGACACCAGAUCAGGUGACCUUCCAAGAGGUGGCCGUGUCCUUCAGUGAGGAGGAGUGGGCCCUGCUGAAUCCAGAACAAAGGGCCUUGCAUCAGGAGGUCAUGGAGGAAUAUUUGGAGACACUGUCCUCUUUAACAACAAACAGAGAAGAGGAGUCAUCUCAAUACCGGGACUGUAGAGAGAAUCAGGAGCUGUGCCUCCCUACUCAGCAAGCAAUGUACACUAAGAGGAAGCCCUUCAAGUGCUUGGAGUGCGGAAAAUGUUUCAAUCACAAGAAAAGCAUUGCUUAUCACCAAGCAGUGCACACCGGAAAGAAAGGGUUCAAAUGCUUGGAGUGUGGAAAGGGCUUCAUUCAGAAGAUAAAGCUCACCUAUCACAAAGCAAUUCAUACUGGGGAAAAGCCAUAUAAAUGCUUGGAGUGUGGAAAGAGUUUCACUCAGAAGACAGGCCUCACCUGUCAUCAAGCUACUCAUACUGGGGAGAAGCCAUUUAAAUGCUUGGAGUGUGGAAAGGGCUUCAUUCACAAGAUAAGUCUUGCCUAUCAUCAAGCUACUCAUACUGGAGAGAAGCCAUUUAAAUGCUUGGAGUGUGGAAAGGGCUUCAUUCAGAAGAUAAACCUCACCUAUCAUCAAGCUACUCAUACUGGGGACAAGCCAUUUAAAUGCUUAGAGUGUGGGAAGGAUUUCACUCAGAAGACAGGCCUCAACUAUCAUCAAGCUACUCAUACUGGGGAGAAGCCAUUUAAAUGCUUGGAGUGUGGAAAGAGUUUCAUUCGGAAGACAAGGCUUACCUAUCAUCAAGCUACUCAUACUGGGGAGAAGCCAUUUAAAUGCUUGGAGUGUGGGAAGUCUUUUAUUCAGAAGGGAAAUUUCACUUCUCACCAAAGAAUUCACUCAAGGGAGAAACCCUUUAAAUGUUUGGAGUGUGGAAAGAGCUUCCGUCAAAAGGGAUGCUUUGCCUCUCACCAGACCAUACACACAGCGAAGAAACCCUUUAAAUGCUUGGAGUGCGAAAGCUCUUUUACAGAGAAAAGAUGUCUCAUUGCUCAUCAAGCAGCGCACUCUGGGGAAAAGCCAUUCAAAUGCUUGGACUGUGGAAAGGGCUUUGCACGGAAGUCAAACCUCACUCAACAUCAAAGAAUCCACUCUGGGGAAAAACAUUUCAAUGUUUGUAGUGUAAAAGAAGUGUCAAACUGAAGACAUCCCUACAUCAUCAAGAGACGUGUGGGGGAAAAAAACCCUU